AUGGAGAGCCAGGAGGAAACCACAGUUGAAAACGGCGAGGAAGAGUGCCACACACCAAAUGGAGAAGGCCGAGAGGAGCAGGAGGAAGACGGAGAGACAGAUGAAGAGAUGGUGGUGGAUGGCGGCAUGGAGGAUUGGAAUGGGUUUAUUUCAGGAGGGAGAGUGUUGGGUGAAGCAGAGGACGGGGAGGUGGUCUCUGAAUGGAGACCUGGUGAACCGGUGACCCCACAGCAUGUCUUACAGCUGGACAGUUACACUGAGGAGUACCUGUGUUCACCAGAGGACAACAUCUACAAUGUCAACUUCUCUCGCUUCAAGAUCAGGGACCUGGCCAGUGGAGCAGUCAUCCUCGAUAUUAAAAAAAACAGUCCAACAGAAAUUCAAGAAGUCAUUGAACUUGAUACAAACAGAUUCAUCCAGUAUCAUUUCUCCCCAGUGUUCCUGGCCCUCAGAGAGAUCGGAGCUACGUUGGAGUUCACGGUGGGCAGCAGGGCGCUGAACCGCUUCCGUCUCAUAGAGAGACACUUCUUCAAAAACUUACUGCUCAAAACCUUUGACUUUGAGAUUGGCUUCUGCAUCCCACACAGCAGGAACACCUGCGAGCACAUCUACCGCCUGCCUGAGCUGGACCCAGACACAGUUGAGGAAAUGAUCUCCAGCCCAUUUGAGACUCGCUCCGACAGUUUCUACUUUGUCAACAACAAGCUGAUCAUGCAUCACAAAGCUGAGUACUCCUUUAGCCCACAGAGAGAUAGGGAUAAUGUGAGGGAAUACGGAAACAGUCAAUGA